AUAAAAACUGUCACAGAAAAUCAUAAAUGCUUUUGAUUGUAAUUAAAGAAAUGUUCAAAAAUUUGAGGUUAUACUCUUAAAACGAUUCAAAUUAACCCAAAUAUAAACUGUACCUAAUCCAAACAAGAGGAUUUUGAAUAUUUUAUUAAUAAACAUUAAAUCGAAUUUGCUUUUUCUGUUUAGUAUUGCCGCUCUUUUGUUAGAUCAAUUAGAUUACGUUUGAGUUACGUAUCUAAUCUCUAAAUUUCAUAUUUCCUUAAAUUAAUUGCAAUUAAAUAUAUUUGUGACAGUUUUUUGUAAGAUAUUCUACCCUUUUAAAUAUUUUCUUCAAUUAUUUUAAAGUGCGAAACAAAUCUGAAAUACCGACAAAAUUGUGAACUAUUAAUCAAAUAAAUUGAAGUUAUUAUUGUAACUUAUUGUUAUAACAAGGAUAUAAUUAUGGAAUUAUCAAAAGAUACUAUUGACGGUCUUACUAAUAUUCUAAAUAUAAAUAUUGUUACUGAUGAUAAUUUUCUACAAAUCCUAGAAACAGCUAUUUCAUACAUACAUGAAAAUCCUAUGGAAAUAAAAUGCAUUAUUAAAAAAUCUGAUUCAAAACCAGUUUUAACGAGAAAGGUUUUUACUGAUGUGGUAUGUUUACUUAUAGAGGCAGCCCGACAUGAUUUAGAUGAAGAAAGCUUGAGAAACUUUUUAAAUCUUGUAUAUAUUGAUGAAAAAAGGGUUACGAAAUUAUCUGAAGUAUACAUUAACAAUAAAACAGCAAUACAAUCUCAGUUGGAAUUAAUAGGCAAUAAUCCAUCUCACAUUAUUGAUAUAGACUGGCAUUUAGAUUAUUGUGUUAAGUUGGACACAUGUAAUUCAUUAAGUGUUCCUCUUUAUCAUGUGCGACUUAGUACUAAAAAACAUGAAACAAUAGAUCAUGUAACAUUUUCAUGUACGAUACAACAAUUGCAAGAACUGGUGUUUAAGCUCAAAGAUGCCAUCAGAUACUCAGAAAAGCUUACUAACGUUUAGCUAUGUCUUUAAGUACUACAUAUAGCACAACCCAUGU